CGUAUAUGUUGCUGUUCAAUCUCAUAUCAUGACUUGGGAGGCAACAUGGAACGUCCUCUUGGUCUUGGCUCUGGCAGCAAUCGCCAUUGGACUCCUCCUCCUCCUGACCCUCCCCUCGACAUACUCCCAUCAACAACCACGAUUCAUCAAUGAGAACUUCUUCACGCCCGAAGACAAGAAAGAUGCCCAAAAGUCGGGAUACAGCUACUACCUCAAACACCGCGACUCCAACGGACACUACCGAGUCGACACGAGCAUCCAAAUCGUCGUCCUAGGUGACAUCGGCCGAAGUCCACGCAUGCAGUACCAUGCCCUCUCUUUAGCAUCCCACGGCGCAAGCGUCGACAUGAUCGGCUACGCCGGCGCAGAAGUCCACCCAGACAUCCUCCGCAGUCGCUUCAUCACCCUCGUCCCCAUCACACCCCUCCCCUCCCUCCUCCAAGGCGGCAACAAAUUCACCUUCCUCCUCCUCGCCCCCUUGAAAGUCCUCUGGCAAAUCCUCUCCCUCUACUACACCCUCGCCUACCGCACCUCCCCUGCCAAAUGGAUGCUCAUCCAAAACCCCCCUUCAAUCCCCACCCUCGCCAUCGCCCAAACCCUCUCCUUCCUCCGCUCCACCCGCCUCGUAAUCGACUGGCACAAUUUCGGCUACUCCAUCCUCGCCCUCCGUCUCGGCCCCUCCCACCCUCUCGUCCGCCUCUCCGAACUCUACGAAGGCUUCUUCUCCCGACACGGCGUCCACGCGCACUUUGCCGUCACAAACGCCAUGUGUCGCGUGCUGAAGUCAAAGUGGGAUAUUGCCGCCCUCCCGCUCCACGACCGACCAGCCGACAUUUUCCAACCCCUCUCCGGCGCGCUGCGGACCCGCUUACUCGAACGUCUACCCGGAACCGCUGCCCACGCGGCGGAUAUCCUCGCUGGCCGGACCCGGUUGGUCGUUAGUUCCACCUCCUGGACUCCAGACGAGGACUUCUCCGUCCUCCUCGCCGCAUUAGUCCAAUACUCCACCCUCGUGGACUCCGAUCCCACCCUCCCCAACAUCGUCGCCAUCAUCACCGGCCGCGGUCCCCAACGUGCCCAGUACCUCUCCCGAAUCCAACACCUCACCGCCACCUCCCAACUCGCCCACUGCAUCGUAACAACCGCCUGGCUUUCCCCCUCCGACUACGCUCUCCUCCUCGGUUCCGCGGACUUGGGCGUCAGUCUGCACACCUCCUCCUCGGGGGUGGACUUACCGAUGAAAGUCGUCGACAUGUUCGGCACGGGGUUGCCGGUCGCGGGGUGGAGUAAAUUCGAAGCUUGGCCGGAAUUAGUGCAGGAAGGGGUGAAUGGUUUGGGAUUCGAGAGCGCGGAGGGGUUGAGGGAUGUUUUGGUGGAGGUAUUUGGCGGGGAAGGGGAGAGACUGUUUGAAUUGAGGAGGGGCGCGAUGAAGGAGGUUGAGAGGAGGUGGGGGGAUGAGUGGAUGCCUGUUGCUGGGAGGUUAUUUCAAUUGAGGUCGUGA